CUUGCUUGCAAUUAUCAGAGCCCCGGUGCUCCUCUGUUGAGGGACUUCGCCCCUGAGACCGCCGACUGUCUGUGAAUGACAAAUCAAAAGUCAGGGUUGCAGAAUCAUCUGGACUUUCCUGCCCAUUUGCAGCAGAGGGAGGAAGGAGAGAAUGAAAGAUUCUGAAAAUAAAGGUGCCUCGUCUCCAGACAUGGAGCCCAGCUAUGGGGGAGGUCUCUUUGACAUGGUGAAAGGAGGUGCAGGGAGGCUCUUCAGUAACCUGAAGGACAACUUGAAAGAUACCCUCAAAGACACAUCUUCCAGAGUUAUACAAUCUGUUACCAGCUACACGAAGGGAGAUUUAGACUUCACUUAUGUUACCUCCAGAAUUAUUGUGAUGUCCUUUCCUCUGGACAACGUUGACAUAGGAUUCAGGAAUCAGGUGGAUGACAUUCGAAGCUUUUUGGAUUCCAGACAUCUUGACCACUACACAGUGUACAAUCUGUCACCCAAGUCUUAUCGAACUGCCAAAUUUCACAGCAGGGUUUCAGAAUGCAGUUGGCCCGUGAGGCAGGCCCCCAGUCUGCACAACCUCUUUGCUGUGUGUCGGAAUAUGUAUAACUGGCUACUACAGAACCCCAAGAACGUCUGUGUUGUCCACUGCUUGGAUGGACGGGCAGCAUCGUCAAUUCUGGUUGGUGCUAUGUUCAUUUUCUGUAAUCUCUACUCUACUCCUGGCCCAGCUGUUCGAUUGUUGUAUGCAAAACGACCAGAAAUCGGACUUUCACCAUCCCACAGGAGGUACCUGGGCUAUAUGUGUGACCUCCUAGCAGAAAAACCCUACCGUCCUCACUUCAAGCCUCUCACGAUCAAGUCGAUCACUGUCAGUCCAGUCCCUUUUUUUAACAAACAGAGAAAUGGAUGUCGCCCUUACUGUGAUGUACUGAUUGGAGAAACCAAAAUAUAUACAACCUGCACAGACUUUGAACGAAUGAAAGAAUACCGUGUCCAAGAUGGGAAAAUCUUCAUUCCCUUGAGCAUCACUGUGCAAGGAGAUGUGGUCGUUUCCAUGUAUCACUUGAGGUCAACCAUCGGGAGCCGGCUACAGGCCAAGGUGACCAACACUCAAAUAUUCCAGCUUCAGUUUCAUACUGGAUUCAUACCACUGGAAACAACAGUUUUAAAGUUCACCAAGCCUGAGUUGGAUGCAUGCGAUGUACCAGAAAAAUAUCCUCAGCUAUUUCAGGUGACUCUGGAUGUAGAAUUACAGCCCCACGAUAAAGUGAUAGACUUAACCCCACCGUGGGAACAUUACUGCACAAAAGAUGUCAAUCCCAGCAUCCUCUUCUCCUCUCACCAGGAGCAUCAAGAUACUCUGGCCUUAGGAGGACAGGCUCCAAUAGACGUCCCUCCAGACAACCCCAGGCACUUUGGGCAAGGUGGCUUCUUUUCCUCUCUCUGUUGGCAAGAUCAGAAAUCGGAGAAGUCAUUCUGUGAGGAGGACCACGCGGCCCUGGUGAAUCAGGAAAGUGAGCAGUCAGACGAUGAACUUCUGACCCUUUCCAGUCCACAUGGCAAUGCCAACGGUGACAAACAACAGGGAACCAAAAAGCCCAGCAAAAAGCAGCAGGAGCCAGCUGUCCCUCCACCCCCCGAGGAUGUGGACCUUCUGGGCUUAGAAGGGUCUACAGUGAGUAAGAACUUCUCCCCGCCAGUGGCUCCUCCCACCAAUUCUGAGCUGCUCAGUGACCUGUUUGGGUGUGCAGGUGCAGCUGGGCCUGCCCAGCCUGGACCGUCCGGGGUGGAAGAUGUGUUUCACCCAAGUGGACCUGCCUCUGCCCAGUCGACACCACGCCGGUCUGCCACCUCCACCUCUGCGUCUCCAACCCUAAGAGCGGGAGAAGGUGCCACCUUUGACCCAUUUGGAGCACCUUCUAAGCCAUCAGGUCAAGAUUUGCUGGCUUCCUUCCUGAACACAUCCAGUACUUCCACUGACCCCUUUCUUCAGCCCACGAGAAGUCCUUCACCUACAGUGCAUGCAUCGAGUACACCUGCUGUGAACAUUCAGCCAGAUGUUUCAGGAAGUUGGGACUGGCAUACUAAAUCAGGAGGUUUUGGAAUGGGGAGCAAGUCAGCUGCCACCAGCCCGACGGGAUCCUCGCAUGGCACUCCCACCCACCAAAACAAACCCCAGACUCUGGAUCCUUUUGCUGACCUUGGCACACUAGGUAGUUCUUCAUUUGCCAGCAAACCCACCACACCAACUGGACUGGGCGGGGGAUUUCCACCUCUCAGCUCACCCCAGAAAGCGUCUCCCCAGCCUGUGGGUGGAGCGUGGCAGCAGGGAGGCAGCUACAGCUGGCAGCAGACACAGUCCAAGCCACAGCCCAGCAUGCCGCACUCCUCUCCCCAGAACCGGCCCAACUACAACGUGAGCUUCUCAGCCAUGCCCGGAGUCCAGAGUGAACGUGGGAAAGGAUCGGCUAAUUUGGAAGGGAAACAAAAAGCAGCUGACUUUGAAGACCUACUUUCUGGUCAAGGUUUCAAUGCACACAAAGACAAAAAGGGGCCUCGAACAAUAGCUGAGAUGAGAAAGGAAGAAAUGGCUAAGGAAAUGGAUCCUGAGAAAUUAAAGAUUCUGGAAUGGAUUGAAGGCAAAGAGAGAAAUAUCAGAGCACUUCUCUCCACGAUGCACACUGUGCUGUGGGCUGGGGAGACCAAGUGGAAACCAGUUGGCAUGGCAGACCUGGUAACUCCAGAGCAGGUGAAGAAGGUGUAUAGGAGGGCUGUGCUGGUGGUGCAUCCAGACAAGGCUACUGGGCAACCUUAUGAACAAUAUGCAAAGAUGAUUUUCAUGGAGCUCAAUGAUGCCUGGUCUGAAUUUGAAAAUCAAGGCCAAAAGCCCUUGUAUUAAUUUAUGAGCUUUUCCAUCUCUGCUGCAGACCUGUGGUAAUGCUUAGUGUGUGUCACAAUUCUGAGGUUUUCAAAUAUGAACCAAAAUCUCCAGUAACACGUAUCCAGUACUAAACUGUUAAAUUACUCAUGAAUUACUUCCUCAUUGAUAAAGAAUAUGGAUGUUUGUUUUCUCAAAUCCCCACCAUAAAAGGUCCAGAGCAGGAGAGGACCUUUUAGUCAGAUGACCUUGCAGAGUUACAACAUUCCAGCCUGCCUUUUGAGGGGCCUACUCAGCAUAUUUGGGGAAAUGGAAAUCAGAGGCCACCAAAAGCGUAACACCCAUCUCAUUGUCUGGGAAUAGGAUUAAUGAGCAAAAGUCAUGAUAAUGGGAUUGCGUGAUGGGUUUUAACUAAUGGUUUUUAGAUUUUCUUGGAAAGAUAUAAUUUGAGCAACUGCUUUAGUCUCCAGGAAUACAACCACCAAGUUUUUUGUUUUUGUUUUUUAUUGGUAUGU